GUCCCUCGGACACAGCAGAUCACCGAUCACAGAAAGAGCAGAAGAUGUCGGCUCGGUCAUGUGAUCAGCUGUGUCCAAUCACAGCUGAUCGCUGAUCAUCAGGGCACUGAUGAUCAGUGUGCCCUGAUGAUCUGUGUAGCCCCAGCUGUGCCACCUGUCAGCGUCCAUCAGUGCCAGCUCUCAGUGCUCAUCCAUGCCACCUGCCAGUGCCCAUCAGUGCCACAUAUCAGUGCCUACCAGUGCACAUCAAUGCCACAUAUCAGUGCCCAUCUGAGCUGCCUUUCAGUGUCACCCAUCAGUGCCACCUAUCAAUGCCAAUCAGUGCCACCUAUCAGUGCCAGUCAGUGCUGCCUAUCAGUGUGCAUCAGUACCACCUAUCAGUGCCCAUCAGUG